AUGCCUGAUCUCAGUUCUCUGCAGGUUGUUGGCACCAAGGCAGCCGAGGAAUCGAGGCUGGAAUCAAGGAAGCCCAGCCGAAAGCCCAUCGACUGGACAAACCUCGGUCUGGGCGCCGCGCUGCAGCUUUUCGAGGUGACGACUCUGGGGCAACCGUUUGAAGUCAUUAAAACCCACCUCGCUGCAAAUCGGAACGACACGUUGUUAGAGGCGGUUCGGAAACUGUACGCUAGAGGCGGACUUGCUGCUUUUUGGACGGGACUCGUUCCGUGGGCCUGGAUCGAGGCAGCAACAAAAGGUGCUGUUCUGCUCUUGACCCAGACCGAGACAACGUUUUACGCGCAACAUGUUAUGGGCCUGUCGCCGGGCUGGUCAGCUGCUGUUGGCGGUAUGGCCGGAGGUGUUUGCCAGGCCUACACGACCAUGGGAUUUUGUACCUUCAUGAAGACCGUGGAAGUAACGCGAUCGCGCUCAGGGCCUGGCAAGGACAUGAGCACCUGGCAAGUCGCUUUUGACAUUCUCAAACGUGACGGCAUCGCGGGCAUGUACCGAGGGGUGAAUGCCGUAGCGCUUCGUCAACUCACGAACUGGGGCAGUCGCUUCGGCCUCAGCAGGGCCACCGAGUGGAUUUUUCGCCGCAACGAUCCAGAGCGAGCGCUGACUACCUCAGAACGUCUGGCAAGCAGUGUCAUAGGUGGAGCGCUGGCCUGCUGGAAUCAACCAAUCGAGGUGAUUCGCGUGGAGAUGCAAUCUGCCAUGAAAAGGGAAGACUGGCCACAGAAUCGCCCGGUAAAUAUGUGGAGCGUUGCACGGUGGAUUUAUCAACGGAACGGGAUCCGUGGUUUCUAUCGGGGUGUGACGCCACGGAUCGGUCUCAGCGUGUACUUGACCUCGGUCAUGGUAUUCGGCGGUGACCAGCUCAAAGAGCGAGUCGCGGCCCGACGCGAGGCUCGACGGCUCCAACGCGAGUCAAGCGCGUCCUCUUCGUCAGCUGCUUGA